CUUCCUGGUCAUCUAGCCAAUAGUAAUUCCCCCGCCUCUUAAUUUGUUAGACUGCUGCCAAUCCGAGUUCAGUCUCGUUUUCCGCGGACAGUUUUGAUAUCGUGGUAGUCAUGGCAGCGCUGUGAGAGACCCUGCUCUACCUGGCGGCGAAUGUUAUAGGAGCCGCGAUGUUUUCUGCUGCGAGCAACUCUCUCUGUUCCAAGCCGCAAGUCAGCGACAAUGACAAAAAAACGUUUCUGAGAGUGUUUCAGUUAUGUGAUGAAGGCAAUAAGGGUUACCUCAGCAGAGAAGAUCUUAAGGUGGCUGUGGUUAUGUUGUUUGGUUAUAAACCUUCCAAGUUAGAAGUUGAUUCUAUGUUGUCAUCUUUCAUGAUAAACACUACAGGCGUGACAUCUGAUAACUUUUUGAAAAUGAUGGCUUUAAAGAAAGCAGCACAGCUCAGCUUUGGCAACCAGAGGGAGAUCUUUUCAGUGUUUGAUGUUCAUUGUCGUGGAUUUCUAACUUUAGAGGAUUUCAAAAGGGCUUUCAGACAAGUGGCCCCUCACUUAUCAGAACGGACUGUUGUUGAAGCAUUUAGGGAAGUGGAUCAAGACUCUGAUGGCCUGGUUUCUUACAAAGAUUUUGAAUUUGUCCUGAAUUAUGGAGCCUCAACCUAAAGCAACGCAGACAAAUGGGCGAAAGACCAAUCUUUUGACAACACUUGGAUUGAGGACAUCACCAGCCGUUAUUAUUGCCAGAUUGGCUUUACACAGAUGAGCAGGGAUGCAACAACCUGUCUAAUCAGAAAAGUGAACCUGUCCAUGGUACAAGAUUUUGUGUGUGUUGAGUAAAUGAACUGGACAGAUAUUGUACAAAACCUUGUAUUUGUCAAUAACUGAUAUAUAUAUAUAUAUAUAUAUAUAUAUAUAUAUAUAUGUAUGUAUAGGAUAUGUAUGGCCAUUAUUUGCUAGUUUGAUUACCUCAUUAAAUCUUGAUUUAAACUUACAAAGCA